AUGGAUGCUCUGAGGAUCGUCACGUGGUCCGUAGGCACGUGGCCCCUUCAAACUUACACCUUCUGGUCUGGUCUGCGGUUCGCCAUCGCUAUCCUGCUUCUGAUGCUGGUAGUGCUGAUCAUUAACGUGGAGAUCUUCCUGGACUUCGGAAACACAGAGAAGACCCUGAACGGUCUCUUGAUACUUAUCUGCGCUGUCCUGGGGGCGCUGAAGGUGGCCAGCUUCCGGCUGUAUCCCACAGGACUGAUCGCCAACUUCGUCUCAGCAGUGGAGGACUACCGGCAGCUGAACGAAGAGGAGAAACGAGCGAUCGUCAGGCGUCACGCGUACAUGGGGCGCAUGUCGUCCGCCAGCGUGAUACUAUUCUCGUACUUCAGCGUGUCGCUGUACACGCUGGCGCCCAUGCUCACCGGAAGCGACGCGGCGCAGGGUGCGAACUCGACGCUGGGGAAACGCCUGGACUACCCGAUACCCAGCGAGUACACCCUGCAGCUUCUGCGAGCGCCGGGAAACCUGUUCGCGGUGAUAUACUUCGUGGAGUACUUCCUGUUGCUGGUGACGGCCGUCGGAAACCUCGGUAGUGACUCGUUGUUCUUCGGCAUCAUCUUCCACCUGUGCGGUCAAGUGGAGCUGCUGAAGCUGGACUUCAGCAGGUUCCUCGAGGACGACGAGAACAGGACCGAUCGUUUCGUCGCGCUGAUCAAGAGGCAUCAUCACCUGCUGACGCUGGCCGAGUACCUGAACGACACCAUCCAUUGGAUCAUGGUCAUCCAACUGUUCGGCAGCUGCAUGCUGAUCUGCACUAGCGAGUUCCAGUUCAUCCUCUCUCUGAACGUCAGCAACGUCGUGAUGGUGGUGAAGACGUUCAUGGUGAUGUUCACCCUGCUGGGACAGAUGUUCGCUUACAGCCUCGUCGGCGAGUACUCGAAGAACCAGUUCGAAGGCAUCGGACAGCUCGCCUAUUGCAGCAGCUGGUACAACGCGCCGCCUAAUCUGACGAGGGACAUCAUGUUCCUCCUGAUGAAGACCCAGUAUCCCGUGCAUUUGAGGGCUGGCAGGUUCUUCGUCAUUAACAUGGAGACGUACUCGAGUAUCCUGAGGACCUCGAUGUCCUACCUGUCGGUCCUACGCCUGAUGAUGAAGCUCCCGACGGACGAGGAUUUCUCGUACGCGAUGGACGCUCUGAGGAUCAUCUCGAGGCCGGUCGGCACGUGGCCCCUUCAGACGUACAACUUCUGGUCCGGCCUGCGGUCCGCCAUCGUCAUCGUGCUUAUAAUGCUGAUGAUGCUAGUCAUCCACGUGGAGAUCUACCUAGACAACGGCAACGCGGAGAAGACGCUGGAGGCUCUGCUGAUAACCGCUUGCGGUAUCCUGGGGGUGCUGAAGGUGGCUUCCUUCCGGCUGUAUCCCAGAGGACUGAUCGCCAACUUCGUCUCAGCGGUGGAAGACUACCGCCAGCUGAACGGAGAGGAGAAACGAGCGAUCGUCAGGCAUCACGCCUACAUGGGCCGCAUUCUCUCCGGCAGCAUGAUAUUCGUGUCCUACCUCAGCGCGACGCUGUUCAUCGUAGUGCCGAUGUUCGCCGGGGACGACGCGGCGCAGGGUGCGAACGCGACGCGAGGGGAGCUGCUGGACUACCCGUUCCCCAGCGAGUGCACCCUGCAGCUCCUGGGGACGCCUGAAUACCUGCGCGCGAUCAUCUACUUCGGCGAGUACUUCAUGCUGCUGGUGACAGUCAACGGAAACAUCGGUAGUGACUUGUUGUUCAUCGGCAUCAUCUUCCACCUGUGCGGGCAAGUGGAGGUGUUGAAAGUCGACUUCAGCAACUUCCUCGACGACGACAGUGACGGGACCGACCGUUUCACCGCGCUGAUCAAGAGGCAUCAUCAUCUGCUCACGCUGGCCGAGUACCUGAACGACACCAUCGGCUUGAUCAUGGUCAUCCAGCUGUUCACCAGCUGCCUGCUCAUCUGCGUUAGCGGGUUCCAGUUCAUCCUGUCUCUGAGCGUCAACAACGUCGUGAUGGUGGUGAAGUCGUUCAUGGUGAUGACCACGCUGCUGGGACAGAUGUUCGCUUACAGCUACGUCGGCGAGUACUCGAAGAACCAGUUCGAGAGCAUCGGCCACUACGUCUGCCGCAGCAACUGGUACAACGCGCCGCCGAAACUGUCGAAGCACAUCAUGUUCCUGCUGAUGAAGACGCAGUGUCCUGUCCAUUUGAAGGCCGGCAGGUUCUUCGUGAUCAACAUCGAGACGUACACGAGCAUCCUGAAGAGCUCGAUGUCCUACCUGUCCGUGCUCCGCGUGAUGGUGACAACGUAA